UAUGUAUGAUUUUUUUGAAGAGUCUCAAACUAAUGAUACACAAACUGAUAGAUAGAAUGUGUAAUAGAUUGGGAAUUAAGGGGAAUAGGUAAGAUAUUAGAGUAUCUUAAGUAUGCUGCUUUUGAUGCUUUUUCAAAUGAGGCACCAACUCUACCUAUAACACUAAAUGCAUACAUGGUACAAUUUAAGUUAAGCAUAGAGCCCAGAAUAAUAAUAAAGAAAGGAUAAAUUGAGACUUCUAGAAGAUGAAAGAAUAGUUCAAAUCAGAGAGAAAGACUAAUAAGAAAGAUUAUUGAAAUAAUAAAAAUAAUAAAAAGGUUAGGAAUUUUUGUAGGAGUUCAAAAAGUAAUUAUGGCUGAUUUAAAUUAAGACAAUAAGAAAAUGAAAUAACCCAAAGAAAAAAUCAAAAUAAAUAGAAAUAAGAGAUCUAGAUUGAAAAUAAUAAUAAUCAUAAUUAAUAUGUAUGAUAGUGUUUCUAAUUACAAGAAAAACUCUUGGGAUUAAAUAGCAUCAAAUAUUGCAUUAAAAGAUGGAGAAUAUCCUGGAGAAAAAGAUGUAACAUAGAUGAGAUAAGCAAUCCUAAAUAAAAGAAGAGAUCUGACUAAGUGAU